AAAGGAAAAAGAAAAAGAAAAAGAAAAAUCUCCAUCUCCCGUCGUGUCACCCUCAAACGUUCCAUUUCCCGCGAAAACCUCCUUCUCUAAUCUAAAUCCUCUCUCCCUCUUUUCCUCCAUACUUCUCGCUCUAACGAAUCCUCUCUUCCUCAAUCUUGUCUCUCUCACAUAACCCGUAUCCAGUAAGCACUCAUAAUGCAAAUGCAAUGAAGGACAUUGUUAACGUCAACGAAACAUCUUUUAUCAAUGUCUAACUCAAGGUUUUCGAGCAAUUCCGACAAUCACGAUCCAUCAGAAUCGACGCCGUCUAUCUCAUCCACGCCAAGCAAAUACAAGCUUCGAAAAAUCCCUCCCAUUCCGAUUCGCCGGGCGCAUUUUCCCGAAGACGAUAUUGAACACGAGGAGGAUGGCGAGCUUUCCUGUUUGCAAAAGGAAGAUGUUAAAAAGGUUGGAUGGCAACAAUCGAAAUCAUUAAAAUAUCCAUUAUCAAUCAAUCCGGCAUUGGAGAGUAAUCAUGCGGCUUUUGCCAAAGAAUUGCAGUCUCCACGGUUCCAGGCAAUACUCCGUGUUACUAGUGGUCGGAAGAAGAAGGCUCCAGAUGUCAAGAGCUUCUCUCACGAGCUCAAUUCCAAAGGAGUUCGGCCAUUUCCUGUUUGGAAAUCUCGGGCAUUUGGCCAUAUGGAGGAGAUUAUGGUGGCAAUCAGGGCAAAAUUCGACAAGUUAAAGGAAGAAGUUGAUACCGAUUUAGGCAUAUUUGCUGGAGAUUUAGUUAGCAUACUUGAAAAGUCUAUGGACUCUCAUCCUGAAUGGAAAGAAAGUUUGGAGGAUUUGUUAGUUGUAGCUCGAAAAUGUUCAAAAAUGUCACCUAAUGAAUUCUGGGGCAAAUGCGAGGCUAUUGUCCAGAAUCUAGAUGAUAAGCGGCAGGAGCUACCAAUGGGGAUCAUCAAACAAGCGCAUACCCGCCUUCUCUUUAUCCUUACCCGAUGUACUAGGCUUGUGCAGUUCCAGAAGGAAAGUCGUUGUGAAGAUGAUCAUAUUUUAGGUCUUCAUCAACUUAGUGACCUUGGAGUUUAUCCAGAACAAAUUCUGGAAGUUGCAACACAGGAUUUUCCUGCUGCAUUGGCUGAUGGGAAGGUGGUGAGUGAGAAACAGAGAAAGAAGUCCCACGCUCAAGGACAAGAUGGUCUAAUUAUACAACAAGGUCAAGUAGAUCAAAAUGUGGAGGUUAAUACUGCUAAAAGUGUUGAUUCAACUACAAGCAGCUAUAGGAUGUCAUCAUGGAAGAAACUUCCAUCUCCUGCUGAGAGAAAUCGGAAGGGCACUGAUGCUGUUGAUACACCUACUAAGGAUAAAACAGAACAGCAAUAUAAUAAAGAUGAAACAAGAACUGCUGGGGAUGACAAUUCUGAAAAUCUUGGAACCCCAGAGCAUUCUACAUCAUCAGGAAUGAGAAGAGUUUCUUGGGGAUUCUGGGGGGACCAACAUAAUGUCGCAUUUGGUAAUUUGAUGAUAUGUCGUAUUUGUGAGGUUGAAAUACCGAUAGUACAUGUAGAGGAGCAUUCUCUGAUAUGUACUAUUGCUGAUAGAUGUGACUUGAAAGGCUUGACUGUAAAUGAACGACUUGAAAGAGUUGCAGAAACUCUUGAUAAGAUAUUGGAAUCAUGGACGCCAAAAAGUACACCAAAAAGCUCUGAUGCACUUGAGGUUGAAAGAGUGACAGUGUCAGGUAUACACGAGGACAUAUAUGAUUUAUCACCAAAACGGAACAGUUUCCCUCACCAUUGCACUGAAGACAUAAUAGAUGUCAUGCCACAUGCUGAUAACGCUGUUGUCAUGGAAGAUCUGAAUUUUUUCACAGACAUUUCAUGUGAAGCACGUUGUGUUUCGACGCUUUAUGUAGAUACAAAAACUCCAUCAGCAGGAAGCUUGACACCUCGAUCACCAUUAUUAACGCCACGGACCAGUCAGAUUGAAUUGCUAUUGAAUGGACGGAGUACAAUUACAGAGCAUGAGAAUAAUAACCAGAUAAGCAAGCUGCUGGAUAUUUCCCGUGCUGUUGCAAAUGUGAACGAGAAUGAUUAUAGUGCACUGGAAUGUAUGCUUGACCGUCUGGAAGACCUUAAAUAUGCCAUCCAGGAUAGGAAGGUGGAUGGCCUCAUUGUAGAGACUUUUGGACGGCGUAUAGAGAAGUUAUUAUUGGAAAAAUAUGUGCAUCUCUGUGCGCAGAUAGAUGAUGAAAAAUUAGACUCAUCAAAUCAUAUGGCAGAUGAAGAGAGUUCUGUGGAAGAUGAUACAGUUCGCAGCUUGCGUGCAAGCCCUGUUAAUACAUAUUCAAAGGACAGAACUUCUAUAGAAGAUUUUGAAAUAAUAAAACCAAUCAGCAAAGGGGCAUUUGGACGGGUAUUCCUUGCAAAGAAGAGAGCGACUGGUGAUUUAUUUGCUAUAAAGGUUUUGAAGAAGGCUGAUAUGAUUCGUAAAAAUGCGGUUGAAAGUAUUUUGGCAGAGCGUAACAUCCUUAUAUCAGUUCGCUAUCCUUUUGUGGUCAGAUUUUUCUACUCCUUCACAUGUAGGGAAAAUCUGUAUCUGGUCAUGGAAUAUCUAAAUGGUGGAGAUCUUUACUCACUAUUGAGAAACUUGGGCUGCUUGGAUGAAGACAUGGCCCGUAUGUAUAUUGCAGAAGUUGUUCUUGCUUUGGAGUAUUUGCAUUCUCUAAGUGUCAUUCAUAGAGACUUGAAGCCGGACAACUUGUUGAUUGGUCAAGAUGGCCAUCUUAAGCUGACAGAUUUUGGGCUUUCAAAGGUUGGUCUUAUCAAUAGCACAGAUGACUUAUCUGGUACAUCAUUCAGCAGUACUGAUUUUUUUGAUGACCACGAAACAAAAAGUCAUAAUUCAUCGAAGAGAGACCAGCGCCAAAAGCAUUCUGUAGUUGGGACUCCUGAUUAUUUGGCACCUGAGAUACUUCUUGGCAUGGGACAUGGUGCAACUGCUGAUUGGUGGUCUGUGGGCAUUAUUCUUUUUGAGUUGCUUGUUGGCCUUCCACCAUUCAAUGCAGAAACUCCACAGCAAAUAUUUGACAAUAUAAUGAAUAGGGAUAUACCUUGGCCCAAGGUACCUGAGGAGAUGAGCUUUGAAGCAUGUGAUUUGAUAGACAAAUUGCUGACUGAAAAUCCAGUUCAAAGGCUUGGAGCAACAGGAGCAAAAGAGGUGAAGCAACACCCCUUCUUUAGGAACAUAAAUUGGGACACACUUGCAAGGCAAAAGGCUACGUUCAUACCAGUAGCUGAUGCAUACGACACAAGUUAUUUUAUGAGCCGGUAUUUAUGGAAUCCAGAGGGUGAAAUUUUUCAAGGAGGCAGUGACUUUGAUGACUUGACCGACUCUUGCAGCACUGGAUCAUUAAGCAAUACACAUGAUGAGGAUGGGGACGAAUGUGUUAGCUUGGCCGACUUUAAUGCUCCCACUCUUGCUGUGAAGUACUCAUUUAGUAAUUUCUCAUUUAAGAACUUGUCCCAGCUGGCUUCUAUCAAUUAUGAUCUGGUGAUUAAGAGUACCAGGGAAGCAGCAGCAGCUGCCUCCAAACCAUCAGUUCCUUGACAACUCUUCAGGGUUCUAGGACAGUCAGUUUCGAUCAUGCUUCUCUGACAACGAGGAAAACUCAGCCUGAAAAUUUCAAGAAGAUACUUCCUUACAACAGCAGUAGAUCUUUUUGACGAAAAGAAUGUCAGUUGCUGCUGGAAAAGCUGUCCAGUUUUCCAAGAAUGGAACAGUGAAAAUUUCUUAUUUUCAUUUCGUAUAAAUUUUAAUCCGGAUUUUAGAAUUGGGUUAUCACAGCCAGAGUUCAUCUCCAUUUUUGCUAUUUUGACCGCUCGCAGUUGUACAUAUAUAGAUUUCAGUGUGAAUAGCUUCUCUUGUUUUUAUUGAGGUCGCCUUUAUGUACAGAAACUUUCAAUUGGCAAGUUUUUUCGAUAUUUUGAUGUAAAUGUUUAUCUCUGUAAGGUAUCUCGUAUUUAUUGUUAGCUUUGUAAAACUCUAUAAAUUUUGUAUUUAGAUAUGUAAGGUAUCUUCUCUUGUA